AGGCAAGCCCGGAGCCUGAGCCAGCUCAGUUGCUACAAACCGCUCGGCACUGAAGGAGCCUGCAGCGCUCACCGCCAGGAAGGCAAACCACAGCCCAGGCAGCCCCGAGUUUCCUUUGCUGUAGGUCAUUUGGCGGCUGUCCUCCAGACCAUGGAUGUGCAUCUGUUUGACUAUGCAGAGCCUGGGAACUACUCCGACAUCAACUGGCCAUGCAACAGCAGUGACUGCAUUGUGGUGGACACUGUGCAGUGUCCCACCAUGCCCAACAAGAGUGUGCUGUUGUACACACUCUCCUUCAUCUACAUUUUCAUCUUCGUGAUUGGCAUGAUUGCCAACUCCGUGGUGGUCUGGGUAAACAUCCAGGCCAAGACCACAGGCUAUGACACACACUGCUACAUCUUGAACCUGGCCAUUGCAGACCUGUGGGUCGUCAUCACCAUCCCUGUCUGGGUGGUCAGUCUCGUGCAGCAUAACCAGUGGCCCAUGGGUGAGCUCACAUGCAAGGUCACCCACCUCAUCUUCUCCAUCAACCUUUUUGGGAGCAUCUUCUUCCUGGCAUGCAUGAGCGUGGACCGCUAUCUCUCCAUCACCUACUUUACCAGCACCUCUGGCUAUAAGAAGAAGAUGGCACGCCGAGUUGUCUGCAUCUUGGUGUGGCUGCUGGCCUUUUUUGUGUCCCUGCCUGAUACCUACUACCUGAAGACAGUUACAUCUGCUUCUAACAACGAGACCUACUGCCGGUCCUUCUACCCGGAGCACAGCAUCAAGGAGUGGCUGAUAGGCAUGGAGCUGGUCUCCGUCAUCUUGGGUUUUGCUGUUCCCUUCACCAUCAUUGCUAUCUUCUACUUCCUGCUCGCCAGAGCCAUGUCAGCGUCAGGUGACCAGGAGAAGCACAGCAGCCGGAAGAUCAUCUUCUCCUACGUGGUGGUCUUCCUGGUGUGUUGGUUGCCAUACCACGCUGUGGUUCUUCUGGACAUCUUCUCCAUCUUGCACUACAUCCCGUUCACCUGCCAGCUGGAGAACGUGCUCUUCACGGCGCUGCAUGUCACACAGUGCCUGUCCCUGGUGCAUUGCUGUGUCAACCCGGUGCUCUACAGUUUCAUCAACCGCAACUACCGGUAUGAGCUGAUGAAGGCCUUCAUUUUCAAGUACUCAGCCAAGACGGGCCUCACCAAGCUCAUCGAUGCCUCCAGAGUGUCAGAGACGGAGUACUCUGCCCUGGAACAGAACACCAAGUGAUCGCUCUGCAGAGGUGUGGGGACAUAUGCGUGUUGCAAGCCGGGCGCUGGGCCCUGUGGUUUCUAGAAGAAAGCAAAAUAGCUUGAGGCCCCGUGGCUUAAGUGGUGUGAAGAGAAGGCGUGUGACCACGCUUCCUGUCUCUUAAAAUCCAGCCGCGAUGGCUGUCACCUGGACGCUCAUCCUGACAGCUUGCCCCAGGCAGGGCUGUGCUUUGCAGCCAGAGCUGUGUAUUAAAGCCAGCCUCAGGACAGGCUCGUGGACACCUGUACAAUAGAAUCUUCUGUGUUUCCUCAAGUUUUUACUUGGUGACUUUUGUAUUUAAGUUUUAAGACUUUAUUUUCUCACUAUGGAUGUACCUUAUAAAUGUAUUUGAAAGUUAAAUAUAUUUUAAAUAUUGUAUGGGAGGUGUAAUGCUGUUGUAUUCAGACCAUGUAGGCCUCAGAUUAGCUGGACUUGAGUUUUGACUAAGGAUGACAUUAAUUGUUAGCUGAUUUGAAAUUAUAUAUAUAAAUAUAUAUAUAAAAAUUUA